CCUGGCACCCGGCUCUGGUUUCACGCGGGCAGCGUCACGUCCUCCGCAGCAUCUUCCCAGGCCCGGCCCCCUCCUCCCCCCGCGCCGAUGGUACGCGCCGGCCCGGCCCGGCUGCAGUGGAUGUUGCUAGAACCCACGCGGAGGAAGGAAGAGACGCAGGCAGGCUGCGGCUACCCAAGCUGCCGCCCCGGCCUCAGAGACCCCUUCCCCGAGAGACGGCACCAUGACCCAGGGAAAGCUCUCCGUGGCUAACAAGGCCCCUGGGACCGAGGGGCAGCAGCAGGUGCACGUCGAGAAGAAGGAGUCUCCAGCAGUGCCCUCAGCCCCACCCUCCUAUGAGGAAGCCACCUCUGGGGAGGGGAUGAAGGCAGGGGUCUUCUCCCCAGCCCCCACGGCGGUGCCUCUCCACCCAAGCUGGGCCUAUGUGGACCCCAGCAGCAGCUCCAGCUAUGACAACGGUUUCCCCACCGGAGACCAUGAGCUCUUCACCACUUUCAGCUGGGACGACCAGAAAGUUCGUCGAGUCUUCAUCAGAAAGGUCUACACCAUCCUGCUGAUUCAGCUGCUGGUGACCUUGGCUGUCGUGGCUCUCUUUACUUUCUGUGACCCUGUCAAGGACUAUGUCCAGGCCAACCCAGCCUGGUACUGGGCAUCCUAUGCUGUGUUCUUUGCAACCUACCUGACCUUGGCUUGCUGUUCUGGACCCAGGAGGCAUUUCCCCUGGAACCUGAUUCUCCUGACCGUCUUUACCCUGUCCAUGGCCUACCUCACUGGGAUGUUGUCCAGCUACUACAACACCACCUCCGUGCUGCUGUGCCUGGGCAUCACAGCCCUUGUCUGCCUCUCAGUCACCGUCUUCAGCUUCCAGACCAAGUUCGACUUCACCUCCUGCCAGGGCGUGCUCUUCGUGCUUCUCAUGACUCUUUUCUUCAGUGGACUCAUCCUGGCCAUCCUCCUACCCUUCCAAUAUGUGCCCUGGCUCCAUGCAGUCUAUGCAGCACUGGGAGCGGGUGUGUUUACAUUGUUCCUGGCACUUGACACCCAGUUGCUGAUGGGUAACCGACGCCACUCGCUGAGCCCUGAGGAGUAUAUUUUUGGAGCCCUCAACAUUUACCUAGACAUCAUCUACAUCUUCACCUUCUUCCUGCAGCUUUUUGGCACUAACCGGGAAUGAGAAGCCCUCCCCACCCCACCGUCCUCCAGAGAAUGCACCCGUCUUGGUUCCCUGUCCCUCCCCUGUGCUACAAGACCAGAUAUAAAACUAGCUGCCAACCCAGGCUGUGGCCAGGCCACUGUCUACCCCAGCCCAGCCCAGCCCUCUGCCGCUUGUACAUACGCCACGGGGACCCUGAGGAACCGAGGCCAUGUCAGUCCCUGUGCCGCCCCGUUCCCCCCGUUACAUCUUCCAAACUGGGACGGUCAAGGCUGAAGGCUCCUCUGGGUUUGAGGGCCCAAGGGACAAGGGGGAGAAGCCUAGCAGGAUUCCAAAUGCGGGAGUGAGACCCAGGAAGCCCAGGGGAGCCCUGACCCCCCACCACAAUUCCUCCUAGGGCUGCACAACCAUGUGGCCUUGGGGCACACUGUCCUGCGUCCAGUCUGUGUCCUCCUGUCUUUCUCGUGCAGGACAGGUAUUGGCACUUUGUAAGAAAGGGGGUGGGGGACAUAGCUGGGUAGGUGGAGUGGGUGGGCAGGAUGGCUGUCCCAGGCUGCCCAUCUUCUCUUGAUUCUGGGACCAGCAGCUUGUUCUAGGGAUUUGGACCCCGAGGCCAAGGGCCAUGAAGCCUGUGCUGUUUGCUGCUCGCUGUGAAUGGCCCUCCCGGGUCAUGCCAGAGCACUGUUGGGGCAGGAGGUGAGAGCAGGGGACCCUGCUCCUCAGUGAGGGCCUGUCCUGGGGCUCCCAGGGAAGUGGGAGCCAGGGAGCCAAUCCACCCAGACCCGUGUCCACCUGGGAGGCAUUUGGGGUUGCAGAACCGAGAUCCACAUCCUCUCACUCGCUUCUCUCCACCCACCAGGCUACUGCCACAGGCCUGAGGCUGAGUGAGGUGUGCUUAGGCCCUCCGGCUGGAUGUUCUGGGGGAGGAGGCAAUCAUUCUAGCUGCCAGGCCAGCCCCAUCUGGAAGGAGUCCCUGCUCUGUCCCAGCCCUAACCCGAGGCUGUGUGGGAGUCCCUUCUGCACCUCUUAUUUCCUAAACCCUUCCCGUCAGCUGCUGUUUGCUGGCUUGUCCCCAGCCAGGCCUCCUGAGGCCUUCGUAGUUGGCAGAGUCCACAUCCCUUCUAGCUUCACUGGCCGCUCACUCAGCCCAGAGUCCCUACGUGCCCCCCCCACCAACUUAUCUCUGCAUCUCUCCAAUUUGGAAGCCAUCCAGCUGAUGCUAACAGCCAGGGCCAGUCCCUCCAGCUGGUCCCAUGUAAUGAGGCCAGGGCUGCUUAUCAGCUUCCAGGCGGCUGGGAUCUCAGGCAGGGUGUGCGUCAGCCUUCCAACCCCCAGGGGGGCGCCUGUGGGGAGGGAACCAGGAGGCCACACUGGGGGAGCGUGCAGCCAGCAUGUGCAGUGGCCAGCUCAGGGCCAGUGGAAAGUUACUGUGUGGAGACAGGAAAGCUCUGAGUGGAGACAGGAAAGCUCUGAGUGAAGCUCCUUGGCUUCGCCCUCCUCCUCUUCUCUCUCCCCUGUGCUGGGAGCUCCAUCUGCCCUGGGAAGGGUAACGAGGUGUGCUGUUCCUUCUCAACCCCAUCCCUCCCCACCCUUCCUACCCCCAGCUUUCAAGAAAUAUUGCAGAAGCAUUUGAAGUUUUGUUCCAUCUUGGAUAUUUGAAGAGAAAAGGAGCCAAGAACUGGCGGGUGGUGUGUGUGCAGCAAAGGCACUGGGGGCACGGGUGAGAUGCCCACUGUGUGCUGGUCUAAAUUAAUCCACUGCAGUGAUCCUCCAGAGACAGCACUCUGCUCACGUCCGUCACAGAGGGAAAAGCCGAGGUGCUCAGAAAGGCUCAGUAAUAAGUCCCAGGUCAUAUGGCUAGCGAGUGGUGGGCCUGGGGUUCAGACCCACAGCUGUCUCACGCAAACGGGGUAUCACUCUUGCCCAUGGGCCUGGAUGGGGGCUGGAAUGAGACCACAUGAGGGCACAGAGAGGUGGGUAGUCAGGCCCUGAUGUCCUGGGGAUUUCUUGUCCUCAGUGCCACCCGGCCUCCCGUCUCUCCUGAAACCCCUUGCCAGGUUUUGCACUCUGAGGUUUUUAUCCUCCAGACAUGAACUGGGAGGCAAGAGUUCUGGUUUCUGGUUCCUAACCUCACCGCCAGCGGGCUCCUGGUGUUAGGUGAGGGUUUCUUGCUGUCUGAGAUUCAGUUUUUCUAUCUGCCACGUGGAAGUUCAUAGCCCGGAUAGGGCGGGAGAGGCACCAGAACACUUCUCUCCACUGACUUCCUCGCCCCGUUCCCACCCUCCUCCACCUCCUCUCCUCCAAGCCACUCAGUUUCCUCUCCUCAUCUCUGGCCUCAGUUCCAGAGGGGUUAGCCCCAGCACCCCACUCUCCUGCCACUGUCAGACAGCCUUGGUCAUGCUUCCUAGAAUCUACUUGUCCCAAGUUCUCUGGGAUAAGUUAUUGUAGAAAAACUGGGGAUUUAAAAGCUUAUUCAAGGCUGAGUGCCAAAAGCUUGGGGGAGGAGGGACAGGCCCUCGGCUAUAAACAAUAUCACACACGCAUCACAGCCAUUUGAGAAAUGGCUUCUUUGCAGAGCUGGGGAGGCCAGGCAGAAGAUGCUGCAGCCUCCUACUCUGGGUCCUGAGUGGGGGGUCCCGGGUACCACAGUGUCGGCAGCAGGGUCAGGGCCAAAGACUAUGUGUUCCAUCUCCAAUCCAGGCAGUGAGGAUCCCUGAAACACCAGGAGAGGCGUCAGAAGGAGGAAGGGUGGGGAAACAGGAAUGCAGGAUUAAGGAAACCGCAGCUGAGCAGGUGUUGCAAGCUGUAAAGGAGGAAGGGAGCCUGAAGGCCCCUCACAUUUUUGGACUGGGUGGGGCUGGGCCCAGGAAGGGGUGGGCUGGAUUUUGUAAAGCUGGAGGCAGCUAGGAAUCUGACCGUCUGGAAUGCGGGGUGAGGGGUCUCCCCCGUGAAGUCCUCUCCUGGCAGCUGCAGAUGGGGGCCAGGGAGGCACAUGCGAGUCUGGGACUCAUUCCUGGGCACACGCAUGGCUCCUUCUGUAUCACCUGGGGAAGCUCCGGAAUCUUAGUUCUUCCAUUCCCUACUCUUCCUUCCGAGGGAGUCAGGAUGGGACAGACACCCAUUUUCCAACAGGCUUCGUGCCUCCCUCCCUGGCCCACCUGAGGCCAAGUCCCAGGUGUCCUGGCUGCUCUCCUGGGAGAGUUGGAAUUUUGCACAAGCACUUUGCUGCCCUCCGGUGGCUGUUUGAGGAAACGCAGGGCCUGGUUUGGGAGAGUCAGGGAGGGCCCAUGUGGCUGGAGGUUGGGGGCAGGAUCUGGCCCCCAGCUCUCCUCAGACCCCCCUAGACCUAUCUGCUCAUCAGCCACCACUGUUCACUUUUGCCGAACGAUGGUUGCAUCUCUUGGACACAGUGUACCCCCUCCCGAGCCCUCCCUAAGCCAUUCUCCUGAGUCCCUGACAGCAGACAGCUCCAGGGACGCAGCCCGGCUGCCAUACCCCAGACACUCCUGUUGUCCACUGGCCUCAGCUCCUGCAAGUUCCCCAGUGUCCGUGCCUGUUCCCUUCCCUGGCCUCACCUUCCUGGGGUCUGUGACUGACUGGAGAUAAAAAUAAAAGCAAUUCUGACACCUGAA